AUGGAGCUGGGUUUAUUGUUCCUCUUUGGACUUACGAUUACGUCGACUGCAGGCAGCAGCCCACUCCGGUGCGCUGUAAAGAGCCAGACGCCAAAGCCAUCCUUUGGCCGUCCGGAGCGGGGCUGGCUCGGGGGGGCUGCGGGCGGGGGUGUGCGGGGUCGGAGCUGCCGGGAGCUGAGCGCGGCUGUUGCAGGGACCGCGCUGCCCCGGCCCCGCUCCGCGCUGCCGGCGGCCGGCCCGGGGCACCGAGAGCGCGACGAGAGCGGAGCGGCGGCGGCCGCGGGCGGCAGGGCCAGGGCGGACGGCGGAGCGCUGCGACACCGGGCCCGGCGCUGCACUUGCUACACCUACAAGGACAAGGAGUGCGUGUACUACUGCCACCUCGACAUCAUCUGGAUCAACACCCCCGAGAGAACUGUGCCAUAUGGACUGUCUAACUACAGAGGCAGCUUUAGAGGCAAAAGGUCUACAGGCCAGACUCAAAGUACUUCCCAGUCCUCAUUCCGAUGUUCCUGUUCGGAUGCUCAUGACAAGCAGUGUUUGCAGUUCUGCAGAAGAAUGCAGGACAGAAGAAGAAAUCAUGGAUCGAUGAAAAAGACAGAGGAGAGAGACCAAUGCAGGGAAGAGGAAGACAAUUUCAUUCAGUAGCACAGAGAGUUUGGAGGAUUCUGAACAAUCAGCUUUACCAUUUAUUUGCUGGAGCUCAGAACAAGAACCUAAACUACAACUCUCCCUUGAGAUGGACAAACUUGAUGCUUCAGUGUGAUGCCAGUGGAGAAUUCAGCAGUAGGCAACACUUCAAUUUCAGCAGGGCCACUCUGAGGGCAUGGGAACCUGUAUGAAGAAGCUUUUCUCCCCUCGAGAGAGCCUCAGAAAAGGAUAACCUUUAUCAUGUAACCUGGCAGGGAAUGUAUCACUAUUGUGGAAGACUUCAAAGGCAGACCCAAACUUCAGCAAUGCAAAGCUUCAGGAAACAAUUUUCUCUGUGAUUUAAACAAGUACAAUAGAAACUGUUCCACUCACUGCUUGCUCUGUGUCUGAGGAAUCCAUCCACAGCUCUGUGCAGGCAGCUGCAAGUGGAGAAUGUGGAGAAUUAGAGGAAGAUUGCCUCUACAUGAGUUCUCAUUAAGAAUAAACAGAUACAAAAUAUUCCUCUUGUUAAUGUAUGCAAGCCUGAAUCAUCAUAUUGUAACUUUGUGGCAGAUGUUUAAAUGACAGUAUCUAUGCAGAAUAAAUAUGAAUGGCUAAUAUAAAUACUAUUAUAAACUAUAGCAAGCUAUGACUAUACAUUGAGUAUGCAAUAGAUUACCUAAUUUAGACACAAAGUAUUCCUGUGCUUGGAAAGUUCAAACACACAGUGAUUAUUUGGGGAUGCACUGUAGUUGGUGAACAGAACUUCAGUGAUUCAUCCCAAAGAAUUUUCCUACAGAUGCAAGGGUAGGACUGUGGAACUUGAUGCCAUCAGAGUAAUUUCUGUGCUGGCCAUUUGCUGUCCCAAGCCGCUACAAGCCACAGCCACAGCACAUCCCCUGGGCUUUGCAGAUCCCACCUUUUUCUCUCCAUUGAAACACCAGCACCAAAAAAUGCAGAAACUUUAAUAAGGAUUAAAUCCAACCCUGGACAUUUUUCAGUGUAAAUGAUUUAUUCAGAAAUUAUGGACUUCUUUUUGCUACAAGGAUGCAAGAGUCAGCAAAGGAAAAAGAGUAACUUUUGCAAAUCCUGUUCUAUAUUAUUUAAAGAGAGGAAGUCCCUUACUUGUGACAUUACAAAUUUUUUGGGGGUUGACUGACCUUCAGGCAGAUACUUUCCCCAGGGCACAUAGGUUAAACUAUAACCCCAUGUUGUUAAAUUAUAUUUUAUAAGAAGAUAGAGACCAAAAGAAAAGUGAAAAGAAAUCAACAGUAAAAAUGUCUAUAUAGGGCUUAAACCAGUGGUAAUAGUUUUUGUUUGAAUCAAGAAAGGGAGGUCUUUGCCAAAACAUAUGAUAUAUUUUAUAUAUAUGUGGAUAUAUUUCAUAAAUUAUUACAGUUAUAAAAUUAAAUAUAUCUUUCAGUUAUCACAUUUGUAUCAGUUUCUUACUUGCUGUAUAACUGAUUUUGUACAUUUAUAGAAAAUAGAUUAUUUAUUGUAUAAAACCA